AAAGCAGAGCUGCGCCCAGGUCCCCACAGACUCCAGGCUUCUAUGCCACAGAUUGGCUCAGCCGGCACAGGGGAAACCAACGCCUCUUUCCCAAUAGCCUCAGGGCCUGGAAUGACCCAAGCUCUUGAUGGACAGAUUUGGGUCAUCUCUCAUCAAAUAACUGUGCACCUGAUGCACAGGUAGAGGGGGGUUCCCCCAAAGGAAACGGGGCGCUGCUUCCAGAAAAAGUGAGCACAGAUGCCCAGUGGGCAAAGAAAAGCCAGCCACCUUGGGUGAGCGCAGACAGCAGGGCCCUGCGGGACGGAGGCCGGGGGCGGGGCCUAGGAUCGCAGCCCACGGCCUCCAGCGUGGGCCAGUUUCCAUUCCUGUGAUGUAAUGCCCAAGGAGAAAGGUUGGUCUGGACGCCCAGCUCUGGAGGCUCAUGGUCCAAGAUGGGGCAGGUAUGGCCCCUGGUGGUGGUGUCCCUGCCACAGUCCUGAGCUUCCGGGAAGAGACGUGGUACCCCUGCCUCCGUCAAUCCACGUCGGCUGGUCUCUUAUAACAGCCACCAGGAUUCAGUCACCGGACUCCACCCUAAGAACCUAAUCCGAUCCAGCCACUACCAGUACUGUAAACUUAUGACUUGGGGUUCAAAGUCCUCCCUGAACUCAGGGGCCGAGUCAUAUUCAACCAUAGUACCCAUCCUUGGGCUGAGUUUGGGUCGCACCUUCUGGGAACACUGCCCACCCCUAUCCUACCCACCCUCCAUCCUCCACUGGACAUCUGUGCAUCUGUGCGCUGGUCCUGAUGGCCACCAGGGGGCGCUGCUGCCCCUACACUUUGAGAAACUAAGGCGGUGGUGGUGUAGCGGAGAGCCUUGUGCUCUGCAGAAGAUGCCGGCUCCCUGGGUGCAUGGUUCCCGGGACUUCAAAUCCGAAUGUGUCACCACCCACCCCAAGCUCCCAAGCACCUCGAACCCCCAGCCCCGGCCCCGCGAUGAUUUCUUUCCUCUCUCCUUCCUUUUGGCUUCUGUUCUCAGCUUGGCUUACACAGUGACAGCACUGCUGAUGGAGACCGUGGGUUCCGGGUGGUAGUGAUGGAUGCAUAUUCUUCAACACACAUCAGGAUGGAAAUAGUAAAGACUCCCCAAAUAAAAACGUGUCUUUAUGCCCCUCCCGCUCCGUGGUCUCCUGGGACUCGCGCUCCUGGGGCCCGUGUAUACGCACCUGGAGGAAGCGGCUGUGGAGUCUGACCUCCUGCAGAGGGGCUGCGUUUUCAUCCACGGGGCCACAUCAGGGCCUGGAACAUCGUGGGGGAGCGUGCUGAGCCCCCGGCCCCCAGCCCCUGUCUGCUGGGGGCGGCCGGAACACUGCCCUCCUGGGCAGCAGUGAGGGGAGAGUGCCCUUUGCCAGUGGGGGUGCAUAGGGGAUAAAGACAGGGGGCCUUAACCCAGAGAUUCUGGGGGCAGUAGGGAAGUGAGGGGCUCUGCUCAGUGUGGCACGGGAGGGAGCCCCGCCUGGGUGCCCAGCACUGUCCCAUGUCACCACAUGGUUUGGGUUUGGGGUUUGGGACACUCCUUGGAAGAGGGAGGCCCCGCUGCCUAACUUUGAGCCCCCUGUAUGGGGACCUGCUGGUCUCUGCACCCCAUUGCCUGUCACUGUCUCUGUGUACCCCAGUGCUUCUCCCAGCUAAGAGUUCCUGCGCCCCUGCACAGGCUCUGAACCCUGCCUGGCCUCCCUCCCAUUCAUCUCCCCUGGAGAACGUCUCAGCCUCUCCCCUCCACUCCCAGGAGGCUGAGAAUUAAUCUUUAACCUGACGAAGCGAGAACUGGCAGGGCUUCCAGCCGGAGACACACCUGGUGGCCAGCGCCCCGCCAGCAGCAACCAGUUCACCCACCAGGGCCUCUAUGUCUCCAGCCCUGGCUCACCCUAAGCACCUGUAAACCACCCCGGGGCCACUGGGCAAGCUCUGGGUGCCACCUGUCCCCUCCCAGCCCCACCCCGUGCCUCCAAGCCUGGCCCAGCCUCAGCCAGACCGGAUGGGAACCAGGAUGCUGGGAGUCUCCCAGGCCCCCUGGAUCCAUGGACAAUGAGCCGAUGGGGCUGAGUGACAACACAGCCCCCACCCCACCUCUGGCCCCCAGCUGCAGCCCUGGUAUAAGCCAGCCUGACCACUCAGGGCUGGGGCCACCAUGGAGCUGCUCUGGCUGCUGCUGGUGGCUGCGUGGGCCUGGGGCUCGGCACUGGGGUGGGCUGCGGGCGGUGGGUCCCAGCCGGUCCCUGGGGCUGUCCCCUCAACUCUGCAGAACAGAGUGACUUGGAGCGAGGAGACCAGAGCCUCGCUGCUGUAUCCCUACGGGCGGGAGCACGGAGACCAGGUGCUCCCCGCCAAGGAUGACGGCUUCUCUGAGGAGCUGCCACUGCUGGAGCCCUUCACCCUCUUUGGGGUCCCGCACAGGACGGCCUAUGUCUGCACCAACGGGCUGGUGUCCUUUGGGGAGCCGGUGGCCCUGUUCACCCCUGAGGCCUUUCCCCUGGAGACAGGCCAGGCCUUCGUGGCUCCCUUUUGGGCUGAUGGGUCCACGUCCAGCGGGGGCCACGUGUGGUACCGCCAGAGCCGCCGGCCGGAGCUGCUGCGGCGCGCUGCUGGGGACCUGGCCGCCGCCUUCCCCCACGGCCCUCACAGCCCCCGUGCGCUGCUUGUGGCCACCUGGGACCAAAUCCCCUUCUACGGAUCUCUUGGCUCCCAGGUGAACACCUUCCAGCUGGUGCUAGUCAUGGGCAGUGGCACCUCCUGGGCGCUGUUUCUGUACAAUGACAUCCAGUGGACCACAGGCGUGGCCAGCGGCGGGAGCCCCCACAGCGGCCUGGGGGGCAUUGCUGCCCAGGCGGGCUUCAACAGCGGCCGGCAGGGGCACUACUUCUCCGUGCCUGGCUCCAGGACCGCCGACAUCCUGCACGUGGCAGGCACCAGCAACGUGGGCGUCCCGGGGCGCUGGGCCUUCCGCACGGACGCCUUCGCUGUCCCCAACGGCUGUGCCUACAGUGGUCAGUUCCUGCCGCUCGGGGCCACUUUCUGGGACAGCAGCGCCUGCAGCCACCGGUGCCACUGUGGGCAGGAGGGCCGGGUGCGCUGCUGGCCAGAGGGCUGCCAGGGGGGCCAGCAGUGCGCACCUGCACACCCUUUCGCACGCUGCCACGCCCCUCGGGGCCCCACCUGCCGCCUGGGCGCCCAGGGCCAUCUGCAUACUCUCUCGGGGAGGCAGCUGCGGCUCCGGCCUUGCCGCUUCGUCCUGGCCCGGCUGCCCGGUGUCCGUGUGGACGUGGAGCUGGCAGGAGAAGCCCCAGAGCCAGCGGUCCUGGUGCAGCUGCUGGUCCACGGCCAGGACUUGGUGGUGCGGUCAGACGGCCCCCCGGGACACGUGCUGGUGAACGGGCACCUGCGGCCUCUGCCCCUGUCCGUCCCCGAGGCCGGCCUCGCCGUCCACUCGUGGGACUCAGCCACCCGCCUGGCCAUGGACACAGGCCUCGAACUGUGGAUCCAGGACGGACGCCUAGAGCUCACCGUGCCAGAGGCGGAGGUCUCCGUCACCAGGGGCCUGUGUGGCCCGGAGGCCCUGACUCCUGUGGGAACACCACAGCUGGAGCCCGCCUCCUUCCAAGCCAGCUGGCAGGAGGCGGGGCCCUGUGGCUCGCCGUGGCCCAGCUGCCCGGUCCACCUGAGGGCCAGGUAUGCCGGCCCCGAGGCCUGUGGGCGACUCUCGGCUCUGACGGGCCCCUUUGCAGCCUGUGCCUGGACCGUCCCAGUGGGCCCGUUCGUGGAUGCCUGCGUCGAGGAGCUGUGUGCAGCCCACGGGAGCCUGCCUGUCCUCUGCCGGGCCCUGGCCGCCUUCGUGCGGACCUGUCAAGCUAUGGACAUCCCCGUGGGCACCUGGCGUGGUCCUGGCUUCUGUGAACCAUCCUGUCCUGAAAACAGCCACUGGGAGACGUGUGCCGACACCUGCGGAGCCCGCUGCCCCCACGAGGACGAGGCCCUGGCCUGUGGCGGCCCCUGCCGUGAGGGCUGUGUGUGCGACGCCGGCCACCUGCGCAGCGGUGGGACUUGUGUGCACCCUGCGGCCUGCGGCUGCCCUUGGCAGGGCCGCGUGCUGCCCCUGGGAGCCCAGGAGCUGAGCCCCGACUGCCGCGAGCUGUGCCAGUGCAGGGAAGCUGGGCGGCCGCCUCACUGCAGGCCCCAGGCUUGCGCAGCGGGGACCGCGUGCCUCCUGCGUGCCGGGGCCUGGCACUGUGAGGCCCGCAGAGGCAGCAGCUGGGUGUCGGGGGACCCCCAUUACCGCACCUUUGACGGCGCCGCCUUCACGGCGCAGGGGGCGUGCCGCUACGUGCUGAGCCGCACCUGCCGCGCUCUUCCGGGGGCGCCGGCCUUCGUGGUGUGGGUGGACAAUGAGUACCUGAGUCCCGCGGCCAGCGUGACCGGGGCGCGGCAGAUCGAGGUGGAUGUCCACGGGGUGAAGGUGGUGAUGGAGGCCCUGACGCCCGGGAGGGUGCAGGUGAACGGGACCCUGGCUCACCUGCCCCUGCACCUGGCCGGGGGCCUCGUGCACGUCUACUUCAGCGGCACAGGGGCGGUGCUGCAGACCAGCGCCGGCCUCCUCGUCUCCUAUGACUGGCGCCGCCACGUGUCCAUCAUGGUGCCCUGA